AUGUCAUUCUCGAGCACACCUCUUGGUCAAGGCAGACGUCUCGAUCAUCAUACCUUUUUAAACAAACCAAAUCCAAACAAGUCCCGACCACCCAACUCCCCCCCCAGACGCGUGAUACCUACUUCCUAUUCAUACGGAGCUCCUACAUCUUCCACGCGAUCUCCCCCAAAGUCGUCGCACUCUACCCUCCCGGGUGAGAACCCAGACGACUCGGACCAACCUGCGUUAGUCCGUUUCGCGCGUCUCAAGCAACGCGAGCAGAAGCAAGAGCCUCAGCAGCUACCGCAGUCACAGCAGCCACGUCCUAGCACGACCCACGAACCACGAACCGUCGUGUCUGCCCCGCAUCCCGAAAAGUGGAGUGUUAAGGAUACUUCGGUCAACAUCGCUAGUGCGUUUCACCAGGCUGCUACAUCCACUGACGACAUGCCUCCCACUAACCCAAACGACUCCUGGACGUCCGGUGCUCGCAAACCAGCUCUUCCCCGCAGUACUUCCGUAGACUAUGAGAAGGAAACGCAAUCGAUCGUCAGUCGCCGCCUAGCUGCCCCACCUAGUCGCACAGGUGCUGCCCGCGUCCAGAAACCGAUGUCAAAAUCAGCUUCGAUACGAGUUGUCCCCGACUCCGAGGGUGAAGAGGACAGUAGUCGUGCCAAGAGCCCCCUCGAGCAAGUCGUAGAGCUAUCGAAACGGCUCCCACCUGUAGCCUAUUUCAUGCGGCAGCGUUCUCAGGAACCUGAGGCAGAAGUCUCGAUAAAUGGAAAUGGCAGCCACGAGCAAUCAAGCUAUGACUACUCUGCAGAGGAGCGCGAGUAUCAGGCUGCUGUUCAGAAACCGGUUUCUCGCAAAGUAAACGGGAAUCAUAAACGCAACCGCAUAUCCGUGGAUAAUAAGGCGUAUCGUCCUACUAUGUCAGACCUGGAGGAAUCGGACGAAGACCUCGAGGACGACGAUGGAAAGCGGGUACGGAGGAAGAAGAGGAAGAGUGCCGGUAUAGGUGGGCCUCCCCUUACCACACUACCUGUAGCUGGAUAUGAUAAGAAGAGAAGAAAGAAGAAAGGAGCUGGGAGGACGAAUGGAGCAGCCGAAGAGGGAGAUGAGGACGAGAGCAGUGAUGAAGAAGAGCAUGUUAGCGAACAGCGUUCGCAGCACAGUACAACACCACUGCCACGGCCACUACCCUCAGGUCGAGCGUCUGUUCCUCCACGAACGUCCAUGCAGCCGCCAUCCCGUCACACGUCGGUGGUCCCCCUGGGUGAUUCCAGCAACCUGGAUACAGACAUCGAACAAGCGUUGGAGACUCUGGAUGAAGGAAACGAUAGGCUAGAAGCACUGCAUAGCACCGACGUGACCCGCCCACCGUUCUCGAUCGGUGCCGUACUUGGCAGAAGCGUCCAUGUAGUAUUCCGGUUAGCAUCCAGCCUGAUGCAGCUGUUACUCGGUGUUCUCUCCAUUUUGGCGCAGCUGUGCGGCAGGGUGCUGGGGAUAACAAUGGACGUUCUGAUCUACAAGCCUAUUCAAUUCGCAUCCAAUCUUGAUCGCGCCCCCUUCGUACAAAUGACGAAGUAUGCCAUCGUCGGACUGACCAUCUAUGCCGCGUGGUAUGGACUCAACCACGGCUAUCUGGAUCUCAGCUCUCUACCUCUUCUCCCCUCUUCUCGACAACCGUAUCACGCACCCGAUGUCCCUGCUUCUAAUAUCGGCGAACUCUCCGACCGCCUUCAGCGCCUCGAGACUGCCCUUGCCACCUUAUCUCUUGAUACGCAGCGUUCUCGAACGAUGAUUGAGGGCGACAUGCGCGCUCAAUCUGAACUGGCCGGUCGCUUGGGCGCUCUCGAGUCUCAUGUACAGAAAGAGACCAUUCAUGCUGUUGAUGCGGAGGCAAAGUCUAGGUUGACGACCAACGAAGGACUGAAGGCUGUGAAGUUAGAAGUUCAAGCCUUGCAUGCUCAGAUCCAGGCGCAGAGGGAGGCAGAUUCUCGCGUAAGCGCAGGUCCAUCUAAUGACGAGGAGGCAAGAGCGAAGUUGCGCGCCCUAGAGGAACGUGUGGGAACCGUGGAGAGUGGUGUGAAGGAGGCUCUCGAUCUCGGGAAGAGCACGAUCAAAGUUGGCGGCGCAUCUGGUGCUGCUUGGUGGCAAAAGUUGGCUUCCGGGAACGCAGCUGGCUCUGCGGUGACAAUUAAAUCGGCUGACGGCCAAGACAUGACUUCCCUCAUUGGUCACCUCGUCGACUCCGCUGUUUCGCGUCUGUCGAAGGAUGCCUUGGCGCGCCCCGACCACGCGCUUCAUUCCGCCGGAGCGAGGAUCGUCCCUUCGCUCACUAGUGACACAAUGGAGAUCACCCCGUCUGGUUGGGCUGGUCAAAUGCUCGGCCUUAUCACUGGUGGCAAUGGGUUCGCCAUCGGUCGCCCGCCCGUCACUGCGCUUCACCACGAGCUCCACGCUGGACACUGCUGGCCCUUCCCUGGUUCCCAUGGCCAGCUCGCUGUUGCGCUUGCCGCACCUGUGUAUAUCUCCGAUAUAACUAUCGACCACGUCGCGAAGGAGGUCGCCACGGACAUGCGCUCAGCUCCGAGGCAGAUGGAGGUGUGGGGACUCGUCGAAGGCAAGGAGAACAUUGCUAGGAUGCAUGGGUGGCGGGAUCAAAGGAAGGUGAGGCGCGACGAGGCGCGAGCUCAGGCAGAGCUUUCUGGACAGCCCUACGUCGAAGAGCCAGAAGAAGUAUAUCCGUCGACAUUGCCCAAGUCGCCCAAGUACAUGCGUAUCGCCAACUUCACCUACAACAUCUACUCCCCCAACAACAUCCAGACUUUCGCCGUUCCGGAGGACGUGCGGGAGUCGGGCAUUGACUUCGGCGUCGUCGUGCUGCUGAUCAACAGCAAUUGGGGAAGAGACGACUUCACCUGCUUGUAUCGAAUGCGGGUGCAUGGCGAGAUCAUGGGAGGGAUCCCUCCUCCGCUUCCCGCUGAGGACUCAGAGGUGGCGUAG